GCAACGCAACGAAGAAUAAUAUCCGUGUCGUGGUCCUGAAUUGCACGGCAAACCGUCCUGAAAACGUGUGAAAUUAAUGUGAAUUGUGUUGCGUAGACCACCAGCGAUAGUUGCAGCUUUGCAAAAUGUUUGGUUUCAAUAAAAAGCCAGCGCCACCGAAGCGUGAAAGGAAACGGGAUCCUUCCGAGUUUGGAAUAUUCGGUAUGCCGGACAAUCUGGGCGGUAUUGGCGAGGAUGGGGACGACGGCAGUGAUGACGAUGAUGAUGCACUGGAGGCAGAACUAGCUGCUAUUGCGGCCGGCAGCGGGGGAGCACGUAAAGCGAGACCGAAACCAAAAGCCAAAGGAAUUGUAGCGCCACAGGAGCUGGAUGCGAUGGUGGCCGCGAGCCUACGGGAUAUUGGUAGCGAUGAAGAGGAUGGUGAUGAUGAUGAGGAUGAUUCGGAUUUACUCAACGAGCUGACCACCAUCACCGGGGGUGUUUCGCUGGACAACGAUGACGAUGACGACGACAACGAUGAUGGAGAUGAAACGCCACCAGCAAGUAGCGCACGAAGUGGUAGUGGGCUUGUUGCGUUGAUAAAGUCCCGUAUCACUAUGUACACACAGGCGGAAGAAAACGCCAAGAAAGCGGGAGAUUCUAGCAAAGCGCGGCGAUUCAAUCGAGGACUGAAGACGCUGAAAGAUCAGCUUCGUGUGGCCGAAGCAGGCAAAUCGGUUCCAGAAGCCGAUAUACCUCCGGAGGUUAGCGUUAAAAUCGCCACAGCAUCCGCUGCAGACGAUACUCCGAAACCGGGAACUGCACCAGUUCGGCCAGCACCGCCACCACCUGCAGUCAAAUCACCAAAACCCGUGCUGGAACCGGCAGAUAUCGAUGCUGCAGGACCGUCAAAGUCACCGCCGCCGGUCCCUGCGCGGCGUCCAGCCGCACAGCCUCCCCAAACACCAGCACCGGUCCUGGUUGCAACGAGUCCUGCUGCAGACAAUCGCAAAUUGCAAAUGCUUAACGAACGCAAGUUGCAAUACAAACAGGCCGCAGUGAUCGCGAAGAAAGCAGGGGACAAUGUGAAGGCUUUGGCCUACGUAAAGGUACUGAAACAGUUUGACCUCGUUCUGGCUGCCCUAGAGAAAGGCGAGGAAGUGGAUCUAAGCCGGAUGCCACCGCCACCGGCGGAGCUUUCGGUUGCUGCAACUAGCCAACACACAGUGCCUUCCACGAGCAAACCGAAAGAGGAAGCAAAACUGCAGCAAGAUGCAGAAGUGCCUUCGCCAUCGACUCCAAUGGCACCGGCCCCGGAGCAACCGGGUGAAGAUGAGGAUGAGGGUGAGGAAAAUCUUAUUCAAGCCAGCACGGUACUUGAGGCACUCGAGCAACGAUUGGACAAAUACAAAUCCGUCGAGCAGGCAGCAAAAGAUGAAGGCAACAGUUCGAAGGCUCGCCGGAUGGGACGUAUUGUGAAGCAAUACCAGGAUGCCAUCAAGCUACACAAAGCUGGGAAACCGAUUCCGGUCGAUGAACUGCCCACACCGCCCGGAUAUGGUCCCAUUCCGGUCGAUGGUCCUCCUAAACCGGCUCCAGCCAUCCCCGUGAAACCGGUAGCGCCAAAACCUGCGCAACCAACGGCACCACAACCCUCAUCGGCGGCUUCCCCUCCUGUACCGGGGACUAGCAAGGCUUCUCCCAAGCCACCGGCAACUCAAUUCGAUAAACAGUUAGCGUUGCUCCUCGAGCGCCAGCAACAGUAUCGACAAGCGGCGGUCGAAGCGAAGAAAGCGGGUGAACUGGAUGAAGCCAAGGAAUUUCUGCGCGUCUUUAAGGGUCUGGAGAAAAUGGUAGAGAUAGCGCGUGCCGGUGGACGUGUCGAUUUGAGUACGAUUCCGAUUGCACCGGGCAAGCGGCAAGCGCUGGAAGCAUCAUUUACGAUCGUUAGCACGGAUGAUUGUGAACAGGCCACCGAAGAGGCUGCCACCGGAUCCGACGUACAGGACGUGGACAGUGAAACGCGCAUCCGGCUGGAGGAGCAACUGUCCAAGCAACUAAUCAUGUGUCGCAACACGCGUGAUCAUCACCGGGCUAUCGGGGACGUUGCCGGGAUGAAUAAGUUUGAAAAUCUCGCACUUAAUGUGCAGAAAGAUCUGGAUGUGGUACGGUUGGGCCAUAAGCGCGGUUUACCGUUGCCCAAGUUCCACUACGAAAAGCUACAGUUCAACGUCGUGAAGUGUAAUACCGAUUUGUCGGAUAACGAGAUUGAAAUUACGAUAGUACGCGGUAUCAACUAUAAUGUGGCGAACCCCAAGGACGUGGAUACUUAUGUGAAAUUUGAAUUUCCCUAUCCCCAGGAAGAUCCGAUUAAGGGACGGACUAACAUUGUCAAGGACACUCACAGCCCGGAGUACAACUAUCAGCAGACGAUCGAGCUUCAGCGUAACCAGAGAAACUGUCAGCGAAUAUUCAAGCGCCAUGCUUUGAAGUGUGAAGUCUACUCGAAAGGCCGUUGCUGCAGCCAGGGUGCAUCAAAUGGACUUUUCUCCUGUUUCAGUGGCUUCCUUCGGUCGGACGCGCUGAUUGGUACGGUUUCGGUGAAGCUGCAACCGCUCGAAACACAAAUCGAGCUUCACGACUCAUUUCCGCUAAUGGACGGACGGCGUACGGUCGGUGGUAAGCUGGAGGUGAAAAUACGUGUCCGUAAUCCCAUUCUAACGAAGCAGAUCGAGCAGAUUAACGAACGCUGGGUGGUGUUCGAUUCGUAGACACUUCUGAUGAUGCACGCGCGCGCGCGUGGUUCGUGCACACCCUUAACGGUUCCAUCUGUGCCGUGGAAUGUGAUAUUUACCGAACACCGGCACGCCGCUUCAAAGACGCUCUUGACAGAGGAACGGGAACACGGUGUGCUGGGGUGAAGCAAAUCAUGGAGAGGAUUUAAUGAUUGAAGUGAUUCGUUCGCCAUGUUGCGCUAUUGGAUUGGUUUUUUGUGUUGCGGGACAAAGUUACUGGCAGCGAAGACACUGUAACCGACACGCUUAAAGUUAUUUGUUAGAUGGUUAGGUUACUACUCGAUGUAAUUGUGGAACUUCCAAGAAGAAAUCGUCAAUCCGUCAGUGAAAGUUGAGAAAAUCAUCAAGAAGUCUCAUUGAACACGUACUAAUCCCGUACACCACGCCAGUGAGUGAAGUAAACGCUUUCAUAUCGUUUUGUUUAACCAUUUCGAUGCGUGAUGGAGAAAUGGUGUUAAAACAUGGAAUAAAAUUGUGUUGUAAACCGAAAUAUCGGACC